AUGUCAAUGAGAUCAAUUUUAGUUAAACAAUUUGGAGGUAUUGAAAAUUUAAUUAUUGGAACAGCACCAAAACCAACACCAAAGAAUAAUGAAAUUUUAGUUCAUGUUAAAAGUUUUGCAUUAAAUAGAGCAGAUAUUUUACAAAGAAUGGGUAGAUACCCACCACCACCAGGUGAUAGUGAUAUUUUAGGAUUGGAAAUGUCAGGCGUGGUUGUGGAGGCUGAUAAACAGGAUAAAAGAUUCAAAAUCGGUGAUAAAGUAUUUGGGCUCGUCGGUGGUGGAGCAUAUGGCGAGUUCUGCACAAUCGCAUCGAAUCAAGCAUUCCACAUGCCAUCUCACUUAACUUUUGAAUCGGCAUCGGCGAUUCCAGAAGCCUGGUUAACUGCAUUCCAAGCAUUACACCCAUUAGCAAAUUUCAAAUCGGGUAAUAGCGUUUUAAUCCAUGCUGCUGCAAGUGGUGUUGGUACAGCAUUGAUCCAACUUUGUAAAGUUGAUGGUGCAACAAAAAUCAUUGGCACUGUUGGUUCUGAUGAAAAAGCAAAGUUUAUUGAAAAAUUAGGUGCAACCCAUUCGGUCAAUUAUAAAACCAAUGAAAACUUUUUAGACGUAAUCAAUGAUGUCACCUCCAAAAAAGGUGUAAACAAUGUAUUUGAUUAUGUUGGUGCUAAAUAUUGGAACCAAAAUUUAAAAUCACUUUCAAUGGAUGGCGUUAUGAUUAUUCAAGGAUUUUUAUCAGGAUCACAUAUUAAAGAUACAGCAGCUGAUAUUACACCAAUUUUAGGUAAAAGAUUAACAAUUAAAGGAUCAACAUUAAGAAAUCGUGAUAAUGAUUAUAAAGCUGAUUUAGUUGCUCAAUUUUCAAAGAGAUAUUUAACCCUAUUUGAAUCUGGUGAAUUAAAACCAAUUGUUGAUAAAGUUUUCAAUGUUUCUGAAAUAAAAGAGGCUCAUGAAUAUUUGGAAGCAAAUAAAAAUAUGGGUAAAGUUGUUGUGAAAGGUUUCACUGACUGA